AUGUGGCAAAUUUGCAGUAAAAUUGUGGCAAUUCAUCGUAAAAUUUGCGGUACUAUCGCAGUAUUUCACCGUAAAACACCGUCAUUUACGGUAAUUUAUCUCUUGUUAGGAGUUGCGUGCGGCGGAGAUAAUGACUGUGAGAAAAUACGACAUGCGAAAUGUUCUAAAAAUAAUAAAUGCGUUUGCAAAUCAAAUUAUUUUGAGCGCAACAGAACAACAUGUGCACCACUUCUAGGCGAACGUUGUAUGGAAAAUAGAGAUUGUUAUCCAAUCCACAGUGCCUGUGACCAUGAAAUAUGCCAAUGCGCCGACGGCUUUGUACGUCAAUCUAAUAACGAAUGUUUGUCAAGUUAUCUAGGAAUAUUGUGUGAGAGUAAUGACGACUGUGGUGGUGUAAUGCAUUCAGUAUGCUCGAAGAAUCACGAAUGUGUUUGUAAUGCAAAUUACGUUGCAUUAAAUGAGACAAUUUGUGCACCGUUGUUAAAUGAACCAUGUUUGAACGACGGAGUAUGUGCAACAUCAAAUGCUGUAUGCAUUGACAAUAAAUGUCGAUGUAAACAUAAUUAUUUACUUCAGUCUGAUAAAAAUUGCGUACCAGAACGCUUGAAAGGAGAUUGUAAUUGUGAUUUAGAUUGUAACGCUAUAAAACAUGCAAAAUGUUCAAUGGGUAAAAAAUGUGCUUGCAAAGAGAAUUAUGUUUCAAUCAAUGAAACAACUUGUGAACCAAUGAAAGACUUUGUCUGUCACGCGAUCGCACAAAGCGAUGCAACAAGAGAUUUUUGCCGUAAAAAUAAUGAAUGCGGCGAUUUAGUGCGUAAAUAUUGUUCAGAAAAUCAAACGUGUAUCUGUAAACCAAAUUACAUCGAAUUGAACGGUUCCUGUCAACCAAUUAUAGGUGGUGAUUGUAAUAGAAAUGAAGAUUGCAUUCCAGAUAAUUCUUUUUGUAAUCUUUACACAUGUCGAUGUAAAAAUAACUUUGUAUCAAUAUCUAAUAAUCGAUGUAAGGCAAUUUCAUUGGGAAUGCCAUGUGAAUCGGAUGUAGAUUGUAAUUUUAUAAUAAACGCAAUAUGUUCGAAUGGUAAAACGUGUGUUUGCAAUGAAAAUCAUUUACCAGUAAAUAAAUCAACGUGCACGGUAAUUAUCGGAGGAUCUUGUUCAAGCGGCAAUCAUUGUUCUAUUGAAAAUUCUGAAUGUGUAAAUAAUAUAUGUCAAUGCAUAUCCCCAUAUUCACGUGCGUCUGAUUUACAUUGUGCAGAAAGUAAGUAA